AGGUCCCUAGGAUUGUUGUGUCACCAAGUGUGCAUUGCGUUCUUUUUCUCUCCUGCAGCUUUUUAAAGCAAAAUGAAAGAUAUUUGGUACCUCUGGAUCUCCAGCAUUCUCUUGGCAUGGUCUGUGGUAUCUGGACAUCCUUGUAACAUUGAUAAAAUGGGACGGGCCGCCUGCAGUGGAAAGAGCCUUCUCCGCCCACCAAAUUCUCUUCCCAGACACAUCGCCAUCCUAGAUCUGUCUUUCAAUUCCCUGACGAUGCCCAAGAGUGGACCUUUUCUGAGAAGCUUUUCUUCCUUACGUUGCCUAAACCUGUCCAGCAAUAGCAUUCCUACUCUUUCCUCCUCUCUCUUUUGUAACCUCGGUGCUCUUCGCCUUUUGGAUCUAAGCAGCUGUGGUAUUUCCUAUGUGCACCAAAAGAGCUUCCAAGGCUUGAAAAGCCUUCACUCCCUACUUCUGAACAACAAUAAACUUCAGUCUCUGGAUCUCUCCAUGUUUUCUGCCUCUGGAAUCCUUAUCCAUCUGGAUCUGCGAAACAAUGAGCUGCCUUGUGGAGAUAAGCUUGCACAAUUAAAUGUGCAAAGAAUCCACCAUGUCAAACUUGAGAGGAACCCUUCAGUGUGCAGUGACUUCCUAACUCCUUUCCAGCAAGCAGUGCCAGAAAGAGAAGAACUCCAGACUCAAGAGAUCAGAGCUUCAGAUUAUCAGACCCUGAGCCACAGAAGAAAACUUCAGUUCCUUCAGACUGAGGCUACAAAGAGGCCAUCGCCAUUAGUAAAUGAUACAUCUUCCAGCACACCUUCUGAUAAAAAGGCUGGGAAAAACUGGAUCUACUUUGCUGGCUUUGUGCUUUUGGCUAUCACCAUUUCCCUCCUGAUUGCACUGAUUGCCAAAUGCAAAUUGUUCCAGAAAAACCAUGCCAGCUACCACCAUCAACGGUUGCCUGAUUCCCGCUCCACUGGAAGCAGCCAUGUUGAGGAAGAAGACAUGGACAUGACUUAUGGUAGGAACCAACCAAUUAGUGGAGUUGCUGUGUGCCAUCCAGAGGAUGAUGAUGGCUUCAUAGAAGAUAACUAUAUUGUGCCCAAUCAAGACUUGAAGGAGGAAGAGGAGGAUCUGGAGCUUGAACCUCAUUUCAAAGUUGGAGGGCCCUUUUAGGAACAGAGUUCAGUUUGUUUCAUGCUCCAGUUUGUGCACAGAGCCUUUCUAUUUCAUUUUUAGGAGUUCCUGAUACUCUCAUUACAGGAGAAAUGGGAAACUGAUAAUGAGCCUAAAGGCAAAUUUGACUCUAGGCAAAUAGGACAGCUGCAUGCCUGCAGUGGUUGGGGCUUGGUAUGUUUUCCUGCAGCCAUAGUCAAAUGUAAGCCUCAGUUCUUACACACUCAACCCAUUCUCUUGCUUGUGCACAUACACACAUUCAGACACAUACUUGGUUUGUUCUCUUGCACUUGUCUCAUAUACAUUCAUCAAUUACAGUUUUUGUAGAGCUUGUGUUAGAACUGGUAGAGAUUUCUAAACAGUCUGUUUGGAGCAUAGCAAAUAAUUUUUCAAAUGAACUGCAGCAUUUGGCAAGAGCAGUUAGUCCUCCAUGACCUUCCUCCAAAAUCUCACCUGUACCCUGGCAUCAGUUGAUGUUUUUUAAAGCUUGAUUGCUAUGUAGGUUAGGGAAAAACUCUUUAUUUCCAACCAGCUGGUGGGAAGGACCUUGCCCCUGGGCAGCAUUCACCAUCUUCCAUAAAUGCUAUGCAUCCCAUUGAAGAAGCCUCCCCAUGCUUAUCCUAGCUGGUGAGUGCUAGCUGUGGGGUGUGGGAAGCUAAAAUGAUUGCCACAAAAUGAUACCAAAAAAGCAGCUAUAAAUGGACGUUGCUAUAAUAAAAACAGCUUGAGAUACUCCCCAAGGCUCACUGAUUUAUUAAAGCAAAUUUGGAGCAAGUGA